AUGUCAGACAAAGUCGACUCAAGUUCUCUCUCCUCCCUCUCCAACAUCAACCAGUACCCCAACUGGGCUGCGCAGAUGAAGGGCUAUCUCAUCAUGAUUGGUUCCUGGAACGUCACCAACUCGACACCAACUACUCCUGACGAUGCUGAAGCGCUUAAGGAGCACAACCUUAAGAUACAGUGGGCCCAGGGUAUCAUCAUGAUGAAGGUCGAUCGUUCGCUCCAUCGUCUCCUCGAAGAUGAUGCUGGCAACCCCAAGCAACCGAAUGCGAUGUGGACAGCACUCAAGGACAACUUCGGCACUCCCGACGCCGCUGCUGUCUGGUACAAGUUUGAAAGCCUUAUUGCUUCGGACCGCAUGAACGACCAGAAGCCCAUCCAGCACCAGUUCGACCAACUCGUCACUCGUCUCAAGGAAAUCAAGGAUAGUAAGCUCGAGCUCUCUGAGAACCUUCAGGCGAUGCUAGUUCUGUCCAAGAUUCCUGAGUCCUAUCGCAACCUGAUCUCUGGCCUUCUCACCUCAGUCAAGCUCGAGAAUCUGAAGGUCGAAACGGUUCGCGAGAAG